AUGGCCAACAAAGUCAACAUGUCUCUGGACGACAUCAUUCGGCUGAACCGCAGCCAGCAGGGCGGCAGCAGCGGGGCUAGGGACCGAAGCCAGGACCGAGGCCAGGACCGAGGCCGGGACCGAGGCCGGGCCGACUCCCAGGGAGGCCGCAGUGGCGGAGCGCAAACCGCCGCACCAGUGAGCCGGGGCGGCGGGCCGUUCCGGAACCGGGUGGCCCUCGACCGAGGCAGGAACCGGCCGGCGCCCUACAGCAGGCCGAGACAGCUUCCCGACGAGUGGCAACACGACCGCUUCCGCAGGGGCUUGGGCAGGGGCGCAGGCCUGGUGACCGGGGGCAAGCUGCUUCUGUCCAACCUGGCCUUCGGAGUGUCCGACGCGGAUGUCCAGCAGCUGUUUGCGGAGGUCGGGCCUCUGAAGAAGGCCGGGGUCCACUAUGACCACUCCGGCCGCAGCCUGGGAACAGCCCACGUGCACUUUGAGCGGAAGGCAGACGCCCUGGAAGCCAUGAAACAGUACCACGGUGUCCCUUUGGAUGGCCGGCCCCUCCACAUCCAGCUCCUCACCUGACAGAUAGCCACGCAGCGCAG